GAGCGACACGGAGGCUCAUAAGCUGGGGCAGUUGAAAGGCUGGCCGCCAAGAUUCUUGAGUUGCUUUUCCCAGCGUUUCCCCUUGUCUUGUCUCCGUCGCCCAAGACUUUCUUCCGCUGCAUGGUACCUGCCCCCAUACGAUCACAUCAUGUUCGCGGUUCUGGACUUCUAUAUCCGGUAGCUUCGUUCAUCGUCAACCAACUUCCAAAGCUCGUCAGCCGUAUACUGAACCAUGACCAACCUGAACGACAUGUCUUGAGUAAAAGGGCAAAGGUUCAUGGCGCGCAACUUGCUGCAUAUGGAGUGCUAAUUCCCGUGCUUGUGCUCUUGUCGGGUCUAUUUGCUGGUCUGACUCUGGGUUAUAUGAGUUUAGAUGAGACCCAGCUCCAUGUCCUCAGUAUUAGUGGUACACCCAAGCAAAAGGAGUAUGCCAGGAAGAUUCAGCCAAUUCGGAAAAAUGGACAUUUGCUGCUUAUUACACUCAUUUUGGCAAACAUGAUAGCGAACGAAACGCUCCCGGUAAUUGCUGACCCAGUACUUGGUGGCGGCCCAGAGGCUGUAGUAGCUAGCACGGUUCUGAUUGUGAUCUUCUCUGAAAUAAUUCCUCAGUCUCUGUGCACCCGAUAUGGUCUUGCUAUCGGCGCUCAUAUGGCCUGGUUUGUCAAAAUCUUGAUAUACGCUCUGGGAAUUGUAUCUUGGCCUGUUGCUAAAUUACUAGAGUGGCUCUUGGGGUCACAUCAUGGCAUCAUGUACCGCCGUGCAGAAUUAAAGGAACUUAUUGCGAUGCACUCCACCACCGGUGAGCUGGGUGGUGACCUCAAGAGUGACACCGUAAACAUCAUUGGCGCCACCUUGGAUCUCCAAGAGAAGGUCGUACGUCAAGCGAUGACGCCUAUCGAUAAGGUCUUCAUGCUCAGCAUUGAUGACAAACUUGAUAAUGACACGAUGAAGCGAAUAUAUGACACGGGACAUUCACGGGUCCCCGUAUACGAAGAAGUAGAAAUUCCUGUCUUAAUUCAGCCUUAUGAGGGUCCGGGUAACCCACCUCUGGCACUUCCCGUUGAAACCCGUAAAGUAAAGAAGAUCAUUGGUAUCUUGCUCGUCAAACAGUGCCUUAUGCUUGAUCCCAAAGAUGCCACGCCCUUACGUUCUUUGCACCUGAAUUCGGUUCCCUUCAUUCCCAGCAACGAGCCACUGCUCCAGAUCCUAGACACGUUCCAGGAAGGUCGUUCACACAUGGCUAUUGUCUCUCGCAUGAGCUAUGAGAAGGCCGCCAGCGUCAAACAUGAUGUCAAGAAAGGUCUUACGCGUCGUCUCAAAGCCCGAGUUGGUAUGGACGAUAGUUCGUCUAGUGAGUCUUCCAGUGACGAGAGUGAGGAAACGGCUGGCGAGGGACGUACACCUGAUGACGAAGUAAGUUCGAAAGAGGGGACGUUGAAUGCGCAUGUAAAGAAACGUAAAUGGGGAAGACACCAUAAGAAGAGUAAGAAACCUCAUGAGGAUAUAGACGCCGAGAAAGGCGAAGGUCAAAAAUCUGGGGCACUGACUCAAAUCCAGGAGAAGGUCGAGAGUGACAGUAAAACCCCUACGAAAGUCACUUGGGAGAAGAUCACCAGUGUCGGUCGAGAACAGAGUAUGCCUGAUGAUGCUGUACUGCCAAAGCAAGGCGCCGAAGAGUUACUCCAAAGUGUUGACCCUGCUAUCAUGCCUCUUGGUAUCAUUACCCUCGAAGAUGUCCUUGAAGAACUCAUCGGAGAGGAGAUCUACGAUGAAUUCGACGUAGACUCAGAAGGUCGAUCUCGACUUGCACACUACAAUCCACCGAGCAAGCGUAGAGGUUCUCGUAACGAAACUAGCGUGAAUAUCUCACCCGCCCUUGGAUCCGAGACAACCACAUUUCAAGUUACCUCCCCCAUCCCAAUCCCCAUUCUGAACACUCCAGCAUUUUCCGAAGACCAAGAUAAACCGCAUAGUCGACCUCCCUCUCGCACCGGCUCUCUCGCGGCUUCCCUCGGCGCCCUUAUAUCUCAUAAGAAGCAAGUGCGCGGGAAGAGCGCACAACGUUCCUAUUUGACAGCGAGUGCCUCUGAUACGGAUUUGCUCGCUACUCGGACGCGACGUGCGAAUACUGGUGAAGACCUUUCUAGGCGAGUUUCGCCUCAUCGUGAAGAGGAAGAGGAAAGGAUAUCAAUACCGAGCCGGAAGGAUAGGCAUGGUCCGGAUAUACGUGGAGAUGCAGGGUGGAGAUGAUUGAGGUUCGUGAAUAGUUGUACGAUAUGAUGACGUUUCAGUUUGGUGUGUGUGGAUUCCGGAUGAAUUUUCUGUAUACCUCUCUUGUAAUGGAACAGUUGGAUUUUUUUUGGCUCACCGUGAUUGAUAACGUGUUUUGGGAGCUGUCGUUCCCUGAAAGACGGCUUGUCUCUUGACUCGUCGGCGGCGCUGUACGCUCAGUAAUCUCAAUACUGUUGUGUCCAUAAACAAUCUUCCAUAUA